AAAGAAAUAUCUGCGCGCGAUACUUCCCUUUCAUCAUCAUCCAUCUUCAUCAGAUCAACCAUCAUUCAUCGAUCAACGAGGAAAAAAAUGAUCAACGAUGAUGAUGUUGACCAACUGAAACCAGGUCAAAGAAAAACUUGCAGCACGCAAAAUUAGAGACCAAAAAGAAAACCAAGACUAAAAGCACUCUGUUAACUAACAUAAAAAAGAAGAGGAAAAUAGGAGAGAGCGAAACGAUCGUGGAGACAUCACAAACACAUUGAAACCAACCAUUCCUACCGUACAUACGCAACAACGAAUAGAGGCAUGAUUGCGGCAGCUCGAGAUCGAUACAGCUCUGCCAAGAUCGUAUUGUUUCUCGUUCCACUGCUAUUCUUGGCACCUUGGAGAACAUCUGCUUUUGUCGCACAUCGUCCCCGACUGGGAUCUUUGCAGUUCGAAGGCAGGAGCAGCUGGAAUUCUUUGCAUUCGUCGUCGUGGUCGUCGUUUCGUUCGCACCAAACCUCCCUUCUGCACGCCCGCCGAAUCAAAAAGGGGGGCACCGCAGAGUCCUUCGAAACGACGGAACCUACCAAGAAAAGGAAGAAGAAGAAAAACAAGUACGCCAAGUUUUCCAAGGCAGAAAAGAACGAGCUGGAUCCCUUUGAGGCUCUCGUCCGAGAAUCGGAACAAAAACUAAAAUCGAUCGAAACAGAAAAGCAACAGAAGCAGAAGGAACGCGAGGAGCUUCCACCGCCGCCCGUUGCCGCCACAAAAACCCUUGAAUUUCCAAACAACAAGGACAUCGAUCCGUACGAUCCGAUGACCUUUGGGUUUGUAGAAAUUGGAUCGAUUGUGGCACCACACGGAGUGCACGGAUGGGUCAAGGUACAGGGGUGCACCGACUUUCCCGAGCGGCUGACCAGGGCCGGGAUGCCCCUGCACAUGAAGGCCGCCCGGAAACGAGCCCCGCGCAAGAUUACGCUGGCGUCCGGAAAGUUUCUGGGCGACGACCAGUUCCUGAUCCAACUGCAGGGCUACUACGACCGCACGGCGGCCCAGGCGCUCAAGGGAUCGACCCUGUAUUUCGCAUCCCAGCAAGACACCGUCRAGCGGGAAGAAGACGACAUUGUUCUGUCCGAGUUGAUCGGGUUGUCUGUCUACAGGACGCCGGCGAGCGAAGACGAAGAGGGAGAACAAGUUCUCGUCGGAACGAUUUUGGGUGUGGUGUUGGCGGAGGAAAUGUGCGCCAUCCCGGGGUUGCUCCACGACCAGAUCGAAAUCGGAGUCACGCGGAAGUCAAGCGACGGCGAAGCGGUGCGAGCGGGAGMCCCCCAGGAUCUUCUGCUCGUUCCACUGGUUCCCGAAAUCGUGACCAAGAUCGAUUUGGAGAACCAGAUGAUUCUUGUGGACCCGCCGAAGGGGCUUCUGGAUCUCACGUACGUACGAGAGGAAAAGGUCCGAAUAAAAGGCCUACUUGCACCGGCAAAGGAGUAAUCAUAGAAUCUAUUUUUUGCAACAUUGAA